AUGAAACAAAUGACCACAAUACUAUUGGAAAAAUUUGCCACAGGACCCGGUUUUGACACAGUCGAGAAUUGCCACGCUUCUAGAUGCCGUGCUCGUGGAAGACGUUGUGAAAGUCGUAAGAGACGUCGUGAAGGUCGUAGAAAACGUCGUGGAGAUCGCAGAAAACGUCAUGACGGUCGUAGAAAACGUCGUGGAGGUCGCAGAAAACGUCGUGAAGGUCGCAGAAAACGUCGUGAAGGUCGUGAGAGACGUCGCGGAAUUAUGAAACAUUCAUCUCCUGGACAGCCACAUGCUGCCGUAUUUGUAACGAAAAGUGAAAAACAAAAUUGA